AUGUUCAAAUUUGACUCAUUAGACACCAAUCUGCGACCCAAGCUCCCAGACCUGAUCAAAAUUGACGACAUCACAUCGGGAAGGAUUGAUCCUCAACUAAUAUACAAUGAGAUAGAACGAUUGAAAGCAGAGAUUAACAUAUUGCGGAACGACAUGUCAAUGUUCCUACAAGCGUUGGCUACUAUACCUGAAGAUAACUCGCCUCAAGAGUACUAUCGCACAACAAUGUCGAGGCUAGAGACAGUACAGGAAAGUAUACAGGAAUACUGCGAACGAUAUAAUAAGCUUUUGCCAAUCAUUAAUCUAGCUCAAAUUAAACUAGGUCACGAAGUCGAGGCUCCACCUGUAAAUAAGGCGAAACCCAUUCAGUCACAGCAAAGUAACAAAGUCAAAAGUAGUGCUAAAGUACUAGAGUCGGGUGCUCAAGGGCAGAUUCCAAACUUUAAUCAAUCAACCGCUAGUAAUGGAAAUGGGAACGCAUCGAGAAAUACAAAAAAGCCCACCAAGAAGGGAAACCUGACGAAUAAAAUUUCAGAAGGAACAUCAACACAGCCGAUAGUGAUAUAG